ACAGGGGUGGGGCUUCGGCUCUAGGAGUCACAGCGCUGGAUCCAAGAACACAGUUCUACCGGCAUCUCUGACUGUGGCCAGGCCUCCGCACCACUAGCCCUCGGUGUGGCCCAUAGCAUCAUCGGCUCCACACACAGGGCCUCCCUAGCAAUCCACACAGUCAUGUCGUCACACAUCCGCGUAGCGCUGGUGACCGGGGCCAAUAAGGGCAUCGGCUUCGCCAUCGUGCGCGACCUGUGCCGGCAGUUCUUCGGGGAUGUGGUGCUUACGGCACGGGAUGAGGCGCGGGGACGGGCGGCAGUGCAGCGGCUCCAGGCCGAAGGAUUGAGCCCCCGCUUCCACCUGCUGGACAUCGACGACCUGCAGAGCAUCCGCGCCAUGCGCGACUUCCUGCGCGAGGAGUACGGGGGAUUGGACGUGCUGGUCAACAACGCGGGCAUCGCCUUUGAUAUUGAUGAUCACACACCCUUACAUAUUAAAGCAGAAUUGACAAUGAAAACAAACUUCUUUGGUACGCGAAACGUGUGCACAGAACUGCUGCCUCUAAUGAAACGCCAAGGUAGGUGUGAUCAGGGGCCCAAGCAGUGCCAUUUCUGGAAUGAUCUGGCUCCUGCCUCUCUGACCUUAUCUAAGGGCCCUGCUCCCUCUCGCUUCUCAGCCACACCCGCUUCACUGCUGUGUCCCCACCACACAGGUGCCCUUCUCCUCAGGACUCUGUACACGUGUGUCCAGCAGCGAGCAGUGCCUUCUGUCCUGCUGGCCUUUCACAACUGGCUCUUUCUUCUCCUUCACAUCUUCAUUUCAAAUUCUCCUCACAAAGGCCUUUCCUGCCUCUGUACCCCUCACAGGUGCACUUCCCUGGGAAUUCCUUCCUGGACCCUUUCUCUUCCUUCUGCCUUCCUCUGAGUGAUUUUAUUCAGGCUAGUGGACUCUUCACCAUCCAAACUUCUCAGGCUCCCCUAAAAUCUGUCAGCUGCCUAGAACAUUCCCUAGAGCAUUCUCUUCCUACCUCUUCUUCUCCUCAGGAUGCCCUCCCUUCCCUCCUCAGAUCCGACCCCUCCAGCUGCCCACCCAACCCCCCACCUAAGCAUCUCAAAUGUGUCCAGAUGACACCUGUGAUUUCCCAAUAUCAUCCUGGUCAUGGACCACUCCAUCCACCCACCAUGAAAAAUGAGGUCACCAUGCCCACCUCCUGAUUAUCACUGACCAGAUCCUAACAGUUGUCCUAUAGAUUUUGUCCCCCAAGCUUCCAACUUGGGGGAAGCUUCCAGCUUUCUCCAUCCCAACUCUCCAACAGACUCGGCUGUCAUUUCUGGACAAUUGAAACCUUCCUAAGAGAUGCUGUUUCUUCUGUCUUUUCCUUUCUGGUGAUUCUCUGUACUCCCUGAGUGCUCACUUUCUCGCAAAAGCCCUUCAAGAGCAAAGUCCAAUCCUGAGCACGACUCGUAGCGAUCUCUGUCGUCAGACCUGCCAAAGUCCAGGCCCAUCAACCUCCCUUCACCUCGAUCAUUGUUUGCACAAACAAACUGCCACAAUUCCUUGGUUGUAAACUACUGCAAUAUUUACCCCCACGUUAAUGUGAUGGGGAACCACCACCCAUUCAGUACACUAAUUAAAUAAGCUGAUACUUUUAGAAAGAUUAGGAUGUCUGGCUUG